ACGAACAUGCACACAAGUCCCUGCUGUAGAAGAAGAUACCAUGAUACGUAUUACAUCGACUCAACUACCUUGUCCCUUGGGGUUGAAGAGCUCACGGACAGUAGGCACCGAUACUAGCUAGCUAGCUAGCAUGUACCAUCAACAGUCGCUAGGCUCCGUUUGCCCAGGCACACCUUCAAUCUUACUGUACCGGUACUUUUCCGGCAUGGACAAGUGUACGAUGCAUCUGAAAACUACCAACCCACAGGUCCAUCGUUGGAUGUGUGGGCUGUGCUCAUAAUGAACGAAUACUGGCAAAGAAAGCCUAGUAGUGGUAUAUCAUGAAUCCCCAGGUAACAGCAGUGAACGAACUUCCAACGGAGUCGCCUUCUUCCCCUUGCAAUAGCAGCGAUGAAACAUGUAGCGAGGUCUCCCUGGGCUCCCCAAUCAAGCGGGUCGCCAGCGAUGACUCGUCACAAAUUGGACUAACAUCGAUGAGCUCCAGUGCUCCUGAACUUGAGGUCCCAGGCUUGCUGACUGACAGCUCAAGAGGAACUUCACCGCUUUCAAGGAGUACUGGUACCGGGAGUCGCCAAGGUGGUCACAUGAGACGGCAUGGUAUCACCUCAAGACCUUCUCAGACUCCUCUUAAGAUUCCUACACGACGGACUCCCAACAGACAAAAGUCUCGCUCCGAUUCUUUUCAUUUGAAGCGAACAGCUCUACCGGUAGGUGGAGAAGGCCAGAUAGCCAACAACAGCAAUUCUAAACAGACGAUCGCCAAGGCAAAGGCCGCGCAAAUGCAAGCAAAGGCCAAAAAGGACCAUCAGCAGUUGCGCAAGGCUCGCAUGACCUCUCCUGAGGUUGAAAAGCAAACAGCUUUACCUGACCUGACUUUGACCACCUCUAGAUCAGCCACGCACAAAGCUGUGACAGGUGGAUCAGAAGUCCGGCCCGCCACCAGUUUGGGGAACGGCACACGAUCUUUGGGCCGACAAUUUGAUAAUGCGAUUGAUGAUGAGGAAGAGGAAGGCAACUAUCCACUGCCUCCGUCUCUUGAUACUCGUAACUCACAGAAAAAGAACAAACGGAAAGCAUUUGGUCUCAAGUUUCCACCACGAAGAACCGGAAGUGACAACAGUGAAUCCAGCUUUUCUCGGCUUGCGGGGUUCUUCGGCGCGAAGGGGGAUUCUAUCCUUGACAGUGCAUCGGAGGCUUCACUCGGGUCUACUAUACUGAAGGAAAGAGAUGAUCGCUUUAGGCAGGGCGUCGACCAAAGCAUAAACCUCAUGGAUCCUUCGGGUGCAAACUAUGGGACGUCCCCUGAGCGUGGCAGUCGAUCUCCCACCAGAGGCGGGCGGCGUGCCAAGAAGAAGCGAGUGAGUGUUCUAGAGUUGAUGUUUGGAGAUCGUGAGGAAAGGGGCCGUAGACCAGGCCGUCAAAAGAGCUUCGUGGAUAUAGUAUUGGGCCCAGACCCCACAAAGCCAGGUCGAACGUCAAGUGGGAGUAAAGAUCUCAACAAGACGAAAGAACAGGUUGCAGUGCGAAAGUUUUGUGCUGCUGUGGUUUUGCUUUUCCUGUUGGCAAGUGCCGCGGUGCUGGGGGGCUAUGGUGCUCAACUCUGGUUUAGGAGUCGCACCUCCAGUACGAACGAAAGGAAUCAGAAUCCGUCGACCAAUCAAUCCAUGGCAAGUGAAACCGAUUUCCUGCUGCCCGCAAACGGGACAUUUAGUGCCACAACCAGAUCAUUUGGUAGUACCGUAUUGAAGUCGAAGCUGGGCGGCGAAUCUAACACAGCCACGCAAAUGGUUGACUCUAACACCACCUUGCAAGUGAAUGAUGAAUUUUCUGAGGACGAUGCGUUGGCUCACUUGGAGUCCUUGCUUCUGCAUUACAAAAUCUCCACGCAAAAGGAUCUGCGCAAUUCACAGUCGAGCGCUUACAAAGCACUGCGGUGGUUGGGAAAAUUCCGAGAGUCCCAGGACGACAUUGAUGUCUACGACGCCGACGAACACGACGGGGACUUCGAAAUUGGCUGGAAGGACAACCAAGAGUUGAUUGAGAAAUACGCGCUAGCAGUUUUCUAUUUCUGCACGCACCACAGUCACAGCAAGCUUGACAAAGCUGGUGAUAAGCAAUCACAAGAAAGCGAUACGGCCAAUGAGGCAAGCCCGUCGCUCCGAGGGCAACAGCGACGGCGUGUUUUAACAUCGCCCAGUCGAACUUCAUCAGGAGAAGACUGGAUGAACGACGAUAAGAUCUGCGAGUGGCGCGGUGUACAAUGCAACAAGGAGAAUGCUAUCACACAUUUGAGGCUUCCUAGUAGCAACUUGCAUGGCUCGCUGCCUUCGGAGCUGCGAGGGCUGAGAGAUCUGGUUGUGCUGGAUUUGAGCAACAAUCACCUGCAUGGAAGCAUUCCAAAGUCUAUUGGGGAGCUUUCCCGGUUGACUUUCAUCAAUCUGGGGAAUAACAAGUUUAGUGGGUCCAUUCCGAAUCUUCAACCUUUGACCAAUCUGCACGAGAUCAACUUGGAUAUGAAUAAGCUAGGUGGAACUAUCCCCUCUUUGCAGGGAAUGGCGAAACUGUCAAGCGUCAUUCUUUCUGGAAACAGAUUGCAUGGGUCCAUCCCACCCCUUACAGGCCUUGGCAAACUGAAGCAUGUUGAUUUGAACAGCAAUGAGUUGACUGGAGGAGUUGACUUCGAAGGCUUGACCAGUCUUGAUCGCCUUGAGAAGUUCCAAGCUGGAAGCAACAAGCUAUCUGGAACAAUCUCGGCAAGCAUUCGUGGCAUGCAUAAUCUUGUUCAACUUGAUCUUAGUUCCAACUCAUUCCAUGGGGACCUUCCCAACUCCAUCCAGCAUUUGUCUCAGCUAGAACACAUGAAACUUAAUAGCAACCAGUUCACUGGCUCUAUCCCAGCCAGCUGGUCACAGCUCAACAAUCUGCAAUCUCUGAUUCUGGAUCACAACUUGCUUGAAAGCACAAUCCCCUCGAAUCUGAACAAGAUGAGACAGCUGACUGACCUUCGGCUCAACCACAAUGGCUUGACUGGGUCCAUUCCAGACCUGGGAAAGUUGACUCAUCUCGUACAUCUACACCUUGAAAGCAACAAGCUCUCGGGAGAAGUACCCAAGUCAAUGGGAAAUCUAGUUGGCGGGCUUAAAACGUUGCUGCUCUUCCAUAAUGAUAUCGCAGGAGACUCUUCAUUCAUAUGUGCAGAAGAUGUUUCCAAUUUGCAACGAUUUGCAAUGGACUGCAAAACUGAGAUAACAUGUGACUGCUGUCUGAAGUGCUACUGAUGGGAAUUAUAAGUGCAACCAUUGCAUUAUUUCACUUUUGGGCCAGACCACUCACGUGAUUGGAUACACUGGGGGUAAUUAGGUUCCAUCAUCUUCUGUUUGAAAAGACUGCAAAGUCUGUGACUGCCUAAGACCACUACAAGUCCAAGUAUAGGUAUAUCUAAGAAGAAAUUACCACAAAGGAUAGGGAUCGAUGGGGCGUUUGAGUAGGAAAGUUAUCCACAGAAGAAGCCUGCAAGUUCCAGGCGUAUCUAUCCGUAGGGAAAGAAGAGGCAAAUUCAGGACUAGGUUCCACGGGAUCAGGGAAGGAAACGUUUACACUUCCACUUCAAUAGGGUUUAGACCCUCAUUUUGGCUCAAAUCUAUCACCAUUUCGUCAUUGGAUAUCCACUGCUCAUUCCAGGUGUCUGGGAUGGCUCCUUCCAGUAGAUUGUCAGACAAAUCUAUCAGUUUGAUUAUUGGCCAGUUGUCAGGCCACUCCUCAUGCAGCUCUCCAGCAAUUGAAUUGUGGCUCAAAUCUAACUGGUUGAGGUGGUUCAUUGCUACCAUUUCUUUUGGGAAAGUUCCUGUCAAACCACUGUGUGACAUGUUCAAUGUCACAACUCUCUGGGCAUCGUCACAGUCAACUCCAUGCCAUUUGCAGAUUGGUUGUUUGCCAUGAUUGAUCCAACCAACCGUUGCAUUUGGAUUCUGAGCAUCUCCAACCGUUGCCUCGGGGUGAAAGGCAAAAUAGCAAACUACGAGAGAAUAAACCUCCAACAGUUUGUCCAUAGAUUCAGACGAAAACAUGCCCAAGGUCUGAUCAUACUCCACAAUCCAAUCCAAUGCUUUGUAGGCACUAGACUCAGGAUCGGAAAAGUCGUCAUGAUGACUGAUGUUGUGUCUUGAAAUCCAACCAACCAAAUCAUGCCAGAUUUCUCGUCGAACCAUUGAUAACUUGGGUGUGUGGUCCUCAGCUGGUGCUUUACGGGCAGCAACGGCUGGAGAUUUACGGGCAACAACUGCUGGUUCUGGUUCGCCAACUGCCGAGACAUUCUUUCCAGGUGUCGAUAUUCCUGCCGCUGGAGGCUGGGCCUGGACCGUUUCUUCCUUCGGGGGCACAGUAGAUUCGUUGUUUGUCGUGUUGUCUAUCGAGGAACUGGUCACCGUCAGGGGCGAUUCUGUGGCCAAGGCAACAGGAGAGUCUGUGACUGUUGUCAUUGGAGAAGCCACAGGCGACAUAGUCGGUUCCAAGGUGGUGGGUGAUGCCGUCGUCGUUACAGCCACCUUAGAUUUGCCCUCCAGAGAUCCAUCGCAAACCAAAGAAAAAACGAGUAGGCCAGCACCCACAACAGACAAAGUCAGAAGGAAUCCGCUCCAUCCACAAACAACUGAUUUUGUUUUGUCCUGCAAAUAUGGCGGUGGUUUGUAUGUUGAUUUUUUCCGCCUUCGGGGUGUUCGACCAGACUCGGCUCGCUCAAUCAGCCCAGGAGUUUCAAAGUCAAAAAUGGAAUGCAUGCUUCCUCCCAGCUUUGCAAUGCUUUCUUUGGAAAAUGUUUUGCUCUGACGCCGGCUUUGCCUCCUUGCAAAUUUGAAGUGUUUCUCAGCACUCUCCGGGUCCAUCAAGUUGACGCUUUGAUCAACUUUGUACUUGUCGCCAAAGCCAGCCAAGGCUGUACUUCCCAACCGAGAGCCUUUUUGCUUGUUGCCUCUCCACAUACGUGCCACUCGUUCCAAAAAGAAGGGUUUCUUCUUGCCGUCACCUUCGUUUUCCUUCUCUAAUGCUGUUAAUCUUCUUCUUGCACUACCAUCUUGGUCAAGAUUGAUGGUCGAUUGCCGCACCAAAUCAGUGGUUUGAACUCCCAAUGAAAAAUCCUUGUUCAGCGUGGGAGCGUCAAAGGGGUUUUGCUGAUCCCACUCGAUGGAUACCCCAGAAGUGUCAUUGGUCCGCAUUGGUUCCAUGAGGAGGGAGCUGUCUACCAUGGCUUUGUGAGCCGUUGAGCGAGCCGCAGAUUGAACUGACGACGUAGAUGCAUGGCGACUACUAAUAGGAGGUGGCCUUGUUGGUUCUGGCUUCUUGUCAUCUUCGUCUGGGUCCGAAAGGUCAGAAUCACUGUCCAGCAAGCUGGCAUUACUUCUCGUUUCACCCUUUCUGACGUUGGAGGUUUUGCUGUGCACUGAAGUAGUGGCAACCCCAGUGGAAGUCCGCAUAAAUGGAGCUGAAGCCUUGCUGAGAGGCUUUGAGGAAGAUCCGACUGUGGGCCUGCUAAUAUUGGUGGAUGUAUGGGCUCUUCUGAUGGGACUCUUGCUCACGCGACGCCGUGACGUCAAGGCACCCGUACCAGUGUUAUUCCGUCUGAGUUUACCACCACGGGAUGCUCGAGCCUUGGAACCACUGGAUGAUUGUCCAUGGGAACUCUCCUUUCCUGAUCCAGCACUGCCACGACGGCCCUCCAUGCCCCUUCCAACACUGCUGCCUCGACGGAGUUCUCUUCCAGCUCCACCUCUGCCUCGAUGACUCUCUCUUCCAGCCCCAGCACUGCUACGACGGGCACCUACACCUAGAAAUUGUGCAUUUCCUGUGGCAGUUUCUUCGACAGAGCCAGAGCUGUCAUAACUGUCAGAAUCGAAGGCAUCGAGAUCAAGACUUCUAGUGGUGAGGUUGCCCUUUUUACCAGAAGACGCCAUACGUCGUGGUGUUGAAGAAUAUAUCCCUGAUGGGUUGCUCUUCGAUUGUUUCCCUUUCCUACUAUGUCGAUGGGGUAGAGGCUGUGUUCCUAGCGGUUGCGGUGAGUGAGGCAAUGAAUUAUCUGUACUAUUAGCUUCCAAUGCCGUGUUUCCUCUCGAGGGUUUUGAUCCUUUUCUACGUUGGGUUUUGUCACCAGGACCAAAAGGACCACCAGGUCCGUCUUCAUUGUGGCCUGAAUCCGACGAACGACGCAUGCUACUACAUUAGUCUCCAGUAGAAAGGAUUGUUGUGGAUGUGCAGAGUCGAGUGGGUUUGCCAUGGCAUGACGAGAAAAGAUCUUGGCUGUUGGCAGCUUUUGGGGUGCACAGAGUCCCAUCCACUUUUUUAAAAACUUCAACCCGAAAAGCUUUGGGCCUUUAUUAAUUAUUAGCACGAA